AUGGAUGUCCGCCCGACAACGACGGACGACGAGUCGGAGCGCGGAAGCGUCCACACGUGGGAGUCGAAGGAGUUGGGCGAGGACCUCCAGCACGACUUGGCCCCGCUCUCCCUGCCCGAGCUCCGCAGUGUGGUGCAAGAGCUGAGCCAUGCCAAUGCCACGCUCAAACUGGAGGCAGCCAUGUUUGAGAAAUUUUUCAGUCGGAUGGAGCCAAGGGAAAGCCACUUGGUGCAGGAAAGACGUGGCUCUUCACUGGAUUCAGAGCAAGCACCAUUUCCACGCAGCAGGCGCAAAUCUAAAUCCCGCAUAACAGCAGAUCGACUGGUGUGCUUGACCGUGGAGCAGAAGUGCGACUUAGCACAACGGGAGCUGGAGGAGGCCAAGGAUGACAUUCAGCGAAUGAAGGAGAACUCAGAACGGAUUUUGCAAAACUACCUGGCCGUCCUGGAAGAAACAGACAUUCGCAUAGUUGACAUCAAGAAAGCCAUAGUAGACUUUGAAAGAGACAUAGUCAAAACUAUAACCAAGAAGAAAGGAAGUGUCAUAGCUUCCGAUAAGGUGCUGAGAUACAUGGAAGAGAAGAUCCGCUCCAGGGAUGUCCUGAAGGAGAAGAUCCGCUUGAAAAACGAUUCCAUGAAAGUCCAGAAGAAGAAAAUGCAGCUGCAGCUCAAGCAGAAGGAAGAGCUUGGGGAGGCACUUCACGAGGUUGAUUUCCAGCAGCUGAAGAUUGAGAACGCCCAGUUCCUGGAGAAAAUUGAGGAGCGGAACCAGGACCUACUGCGGCAGAAGAUGACUGCGGGCAACGCCCUCCAGAUCCUCAGCUGCUACAAAAGGAAGCUACACACCGCGAUGGCAAUGGCUGCCCGCUUGGUGAAAGACAUCAAUCAGAGAAAGGAGUCAUUGGAAAAAAUUGAGCGGGAAUUCAUCGUUGUCGAGGAGGAGCGGACGAAGGCGGAGAUCUUAAAUAAAAGACUGAGGAAACAUCUAGCCUACUACAAAGUGCCUCCUGUCCUCGAUUAUGUCCAUGAGAAGAUAGCAGUCCAUGAGAUGGAAAAGACCAUCAAGAUUUGGGAGAGGAAGGUGGAAAUUGCACAGAUGGCCUUGCUGAGCUACCGUAGCGUUUGGCAGAAGGCGAAGAUGGCCAGUCAGCAGCUGCAGGUUCGCCUCCCAGAACAGGUGGCCCACUGACUGUACGAUGGGC